AAUCUGAUUAACAAAAUUUAUUUUACAAAAUAAAUAUAUCCGGACAUACAUACAUGUAAUUAACAAUAGUGAACGAGCAACAUCAACCCUGCAUUCCUGAAUUCUAAUUCUAGGUCUUUCAACUCUCAUGUCGAAGAGCAAAGUUCUUUGCAAAUUCUUCUCACAUGGAGCGUGUUUAAAAGGGGAGAAUUGUGAGUUUUCGCAUGAUUGGAAGGACCCUGCAAAUAACGCAUGCACAUUCUAUCAAAAAGGAGCUUGUUCUUAUGGCAGUCGUUGUAGAUAUGAGCAUGUCAAGGUUUCUCGGUCACAGGCUUGUGCUCAAUCUUCGUCAGCAGUUAUUCUUCAAUCUUCUGGUUCUUUUUCUGCAGCACAUUCUUCCAGAAAUGCUGCAAGUGGUGUAAAUCAAGUGGUAGGUGUUAAUGGGGACCUUUCAGCAUCAAGCAGAUCUUUCUUAGCUGCCACUGAUCCAGAAAUGAAUGAACUAUCUGCGCUCCCUAACUCAUUAUAUGAUAGUUAUACCCAGGAACCUGGGACUGCGGAUCCAACUGAACUUUCUAUGUGCUCCUUUGCUGCUGCUGGUAACUGUCCACGUGGAGAGAAAUGCCCCCAUAUUCAUGGGGAUUUAUGUCCCACGUGCGGAAAACAUUGUCUGCAUCCUUAUAGAUUGGAAGAGAGAGAGGAUCAUAUAAGAAUGUGUGAGAAAAGGCAAACUCAGAUUGAGGCAUUGAAACGUAGUCAAGAAAUAGAAUGUUGUGUCUGCCUAGAACGUGUUCUUUCAAAACCUACCCCAGCUGAACGGAAGUUCGGAUUGCUAUCGGAAUGUGAUCAUGCAUUUUGUGUAUCAUGUAUCAGAAAUUGGCGUAGCAGCUCACCAACCUCCGGAUUGGACGUGAACUCUGCGUUAAGAGCCUGCCCAAUAUGUCGAAAGCUCUCAUACUUUGUCAUUCCUAGCGUUAUUUGGUAUUCCUCGAAAGAGGAAAAGAAUGAAAUUGUAGAUAGUUACAAAUCAAAACUGAGGUCUAUUGACUGCAGGCACUUUGAUUUUGGAGAUGGUUCCUGUCCAUUCGGAACGAGUUGCUUUUACAAGCAUGCAUACCGUGAUGGUCGUCUUGAGCAAGUUGAUUUGCGACAUCUUGGAGCUGAAGAUGGGAACAUAGUGAUUGCUAAAGAUAUUAGGCUCUCAGACUUCCUGCACAAUUUGCGGCUUAGGUGAACACUCACUUUUGCUCACAGGUUCAUUUUCAGGAUAUCUGAUAGAACGAAUAUGUGCCAUGGCAGGAAAACAAAUUACAUCAAAUAAGCUGCUGCAGAGUGCAAAUUUUUCUUCAGAUUCGGAUUGUCAAGUGCUUGUUGCGAUGGAAACAAAAUUGUCGACCUCGGGCAGAGCAGGGACAGUGGAGUGUUUAUACACAAAAUUACUGUAAUAAUAUAUAAUGCAAGAAGGUACAUAUAAUGGGAUAAAACAUAAAAGAACUUGAUAAAUAAUAGAGGAUUGUAUGUAUCCUUGCCUGCCAGCCCGCCCGCUUGCCUGCUCUACCCUAUAAUGAAAACUGUAUAUAACAUUGGGUUGUUUCCGUCUAAAAUUUGUGCAAAUACAACAGCAAGACAAAAUUAAGGAUUUUAAUCAUGUUUUAAUUAUAUAUAUACAACUGCAGAUGAUUUUUGGACUUUAA